AUUUGAUACAAUGGGGGUCCAAGUGGAAGCGGCUACUGCCGCCGCAGUUGCCUUUGACGACAUUGCUAUCCAAGGCGUCUGUGGCGUCGAUCCUGGAGCUCGUGCAGGACGUUCAAGCCCACGGCGCGGCCUUGUCCAAAGCUGCCGACGUACUUUUUGGAGACACGGCCGCCGCCGCCGACGAUACCAACCAAGUGACGGUCGGUGACUCGAACCUCCUAGCCACUGUCCACGCCCUCACUGCCAUCCAAGUCGCAGUGAACACAGCGUUGGGCUUGUUGACAAGUGACAAGCAACAACUAUUGGACGACAUCGUCAAGGACGAUGAACAUCGAGUGAUGGAAGGCCCUGCGCUUCUUCCGCCCCCCCCCCCUUCAUCCUCUCAACAACCAGAAUUAGACGAGGCAAAAGUCGUCAACUCUGGCGUAUACGUGCAUGAAUCCGAGGCCGAGUUGGAAGCCACGGACGAGCCGGCCGCGGUGCAAGCUGAAACGUUCCCGACUGAAAUUUUGGUGGAAAACAUCAACCACCUCAUGUUUGUCGUGCAUGGCAUUGGUGAACACAAGGACUUUGUCGUGGAAUCGUACGAUGACGACAACGGGAGCACGGGCGAGAGCGGCAACUUUCGCGAACUGUUUAGCACGAUGCGCGACUCGCUGUUUUCCAAGGAAAUUCCCUUGUCGCUGGAGAUUCACCCCAUCGAAUGGCACUCGGAAGUACACAAGUCGGGCGUGGACGACGUGUUUGACAAGAUCUCCCCCGCCGCGUCGACAACACUUCGCGAUGUCAACAAGCGAUUGAUCAUGGACGUGCUGUAUUACUCGGCUCCCAAGUACGGCCAAAUGAUCGUCGACACUGUCACCAAGCAAAUGAACGACAAGUACAUGGCGUUCAUGGCGGCCAAUCCAGGAUGGCAAGGGUUUGUGUCGGUGUUUGCACACUCGCUGGGGACGCUCGUGGCGUACGACAUCCUCACGCAUGAAGCGGGGGAGGUCGGCAGCAACGGCGUCGUGUUCCCUGGUCUGGCGUUCCCCGUGGAAAACCUGUUUUGCGCGGGGUCGCCCGUGCCCAUCUUUGCCUUAUCCCGGGGCCAACUGGACAUCCAAGACAGUGUGUGCACUGGGGGGCUUCGCCGCCCGAAAGUGAACCACUACUUCAACCUGUUUCAUCCCGCGGAUCCAAUUGCGUACCGCGUCGAGCCGCUCGUGGACGUCGGCAUGUCCGACUACCCUGCCAUCAAGCUCCAGAAGGCGGACUCGUUCAAGAACAAAACGUUUGGCGAGAUGGUGCUCAUAUACGACAAACUCACCGACAUUGCCUCGGUGUGCAAUGACUGGGACGGUGCACGCAUCGACUUUGAAGUCCAACGCAGGUUCUUUGAAGGGCCUAUCGAUACGUUGUACGCGCCGCUGUCGCACAGCGUGUACUGGUCGUCCGAGGCGGUGGUCACGAUCACCCUUUUGGCCAUCUGUCGACCGGUCGUGGACAUUAUAACCCGAUACAUGGCCCACAACGUGCCGCUGCCAACUCUCCGUCCGCGCCGCCUAGUCCCGUUCACACCGUACAAGACCAUCAAAUGCGCCACCACGGCGUUAGUUCGCGACGGAUUUACGGGAGCGUGGGAGCCCAACGCGUUGUUUCUCGGCCACAAGCGCGUGUACUUUGCGCCGUCCGCCGCGGCCGUGGCGUGCACUAAGCUAUGGUCGGUUCCGCUCACGGCGAAAUCGGCGGUCACCGUCGACCCCACAGACUCCAGUGCGUUUCAGUUCACCCCCGACACGACGAACCCGUCGCCAUCUAUGUUUUCCAGUACCAAGGGCACACAGACGCUUUACACAACGUCGCCGGCCCAGUGCCAGGAAUGGGUGGACGCCAUCAACCAAGCCCUCGCUUCGGAAUCGGACGAGCAUGCCACCACCCACCCCAAUGUGGACGGACUGGUAUUGCCCCGCGGCGAUUCAGACAUCAACUUCUUCGACGCGACACUCACGGGCACGUUGAGGACACGUGGCAUGCUGUGCGAUGCGUACAACUGGUAUGUCCUCACCGACUGCUCGCUGGACUGCUACGACGCGUGCCCAGUGUUGAAGGAAUGGACCCACUUUUCGCUCAAGGUCAUGUUUGCUACUCCCGACCACGGACACAUUCGACUGGUGAGUCGACAUGGCACGAGUGUCACGUUCAAAAUCCCAGACAUGGAGCGGUUCAACCUGUGGCUCGCCACGAUCCAGCAGUUCCCAGACUGCAAACUCAUCCUCGAAGACUGCUAAGCCAACAAGACCAUAAUACAUCAUUCUUAGACU